CGCGCAGGUCCUGCGCGCGGGCGCUCUUUUGGUGCGCUUCUUCGUCGGCGUCGCCGCGGCCUCGUGGUCGACACUAAACGCGCGGCGCCGGCGGAGGAAGGACUCGAGGCGGUCCUCCCAGACGGGGCUCUGGGGCGCGUCGAGGCCGAGCGUCGUCUCCGAGGACGACGAGUCGGUGGAGUUCUCGAAGAUGGACCAGCCCUCGACGACGGGGCCCUCCUCGUCGUCCGAGUCCACGACCUGUGUGAAAAUCGUUACGCCAUCGAGCAGACGCAGUCACGGGGCGUGGAGAAGUUUGAUUUCCACGCUGUCACGACUGUCAGAGGCGAGGAGAUAUGCUGGCGGGAGAGCUGGGGGCGCUGCAUCCUUUUUGAGCGCGGAAGGCCUGGCCGGCCAGGCGGGAAAAAGGUUUAAGGCCCGCGAGCCGCUCCUCCCUGGCUGUGGUCGAUGUGUGCGGUUCUUUGAGGGAUCAGCGGCAGGCGCAGAGGCGCGGAUAGGGGCCGUGGGCGCGGAUGGCAGUGCACGUGGAGCAGUCGCCGGAGGCUCGUUAUACGUCGGCGUACGCGUCCGCACUCGCUGCCGCGUGGGGUUCGCAGAGAGCUCGAGUACCUGGAGGACUUUCCUACGGGGCCUGAGAGCGCGCAAUCGUUUGGUUGAUCGAUAUAAGGUAAUUUAAGCGCGUCUGCCAUCGAGAGCCAGAAAUCUCACCCAUAUUAACC